AUAUAUAUAUAUAUAUAUAUAUACUUUUUUUUGACUGUUUAUUCCUUUUUUUUAUAUUUCAGCUAUGUGACUAUCGCAGCGUCGUGCAUGGCCUGCUAUAGAAGCAACCAUAUUAUGCCUAACACGAUUGCCAAAGUACCAGUACAUGGAUACGCAAACGGUAAUUACAGCCUUGACUGCAUUCGGUGGUUAGAUUUUGUUUCUUUUUCUGAAGGUAUCAACAUCCAGCAUGCAUUAAAUGGUCGUGGAGAGGUUUCCAUCGAAGGAAUGAAGGUUGAUGGAUUUUGUGCUGAAACUAACACAGUUUAUCAGUUUCACGGAUGCUUCUUUCACGGCUGCGUAAAAUGCUACGAUCGAGAUGUAGUCAAUCCUGUAUCUGGAGAGACCAUGGAGAGAUUGAGGGUGAAAACAACUGAAAUCUCUGAAAGAAUCAAGAGGAGAGGAUUCAACUUGAUAGAGAUAUGGGAGCACGACUUCGCACUGAUGAAGAAGGAGGCCAGUGAGGUCAACUUGUUUUUAUCGACUCACGAAGUUGUGAAUCGUUUGAACCCAAGGGAUGCAUUCUUCGGGAGCCGCACAAAUGCGGUGAAAUUAAUUUAUGAGGGCGUAGCUAAGUACAUAGAUUUUACCAACCUGUACCCGUGGUGCAAUAAAUACUGUCGAUACCCGAUUGGACACCCUACUAUCAUUACCGAAAACUUCGACAAUAUUACAAACUAUUUUGGAUUUGUGAAGUGCAAAGUUUUGCCACUCAGAAGGUUAUAUCAUCUAGUAUUACCCUGUAGAAGCAAUGGAAAGCUACUAUUCCCACUGUGUAGAACAUGUGGUGACAUGAGUCAGCAAACACCCUGUCACCAUAAUGAUGAUGAAAGAGCUUUCGUUGGUUCGUGGGUGACUGAAGAGGUGAAGAAAGCUAUACAAAAAGGCUACCAGAUCCUUAAGGUGUAUGAAGUGUAUCAUUUUGAGAAAUCGUUGUCUGAUUUAUUUAAAUCCUACAUUGAUUUAUUCCUGCAGCUAAAGCAGGAAGCAAGCGGAUGGCCGUCAGGGUGUGAAACGGAGGAAGAUAAAGACGAGUAUAUUCAGUCUUAUUUCAGGAAGGAGGGGAUACUGCUCCGGAAAGACAAGAUCGCUUUCAAUCUAGGUCAGAGAGCAGUGGCAAAGCUUGCACUAAAUAGCUUUUGGGGCAGAUGGGGGAUGAGCCUCAUCAAGAUGAUGCUGAAUUUUGUCGGCUCUUUGGAAGAAUUUAACAAAUUCUUUUCUGGCAACACUAAAGAAAUACAAGACUUGUUUUUCCCCACUGAGACGAUCUGUGCCAUGCAGUGGAAGCGAAAGACAGAAUUCAUCGACGAUGAUGCUAGCACCAAUAUUUUCAUAGCUGCUUUCACAACUUGCCAUGCAAGACUGAAGCUAUAUGAUGAACUUGAUAAACUUGGGGAGCAGGUCCUAUACUUUGAUACCGAUUCGAUUAUCUAUGCAUCAAAUGGCCUUAACGACCCACCAUUAGGAAAUUUUCUUGGGGAAUUUACUGAUGAACUCGGAGGAGAAACUAUUGUUAAAUUUGUUUCAGGUGGCCCGAAAAAUUACGCUUAUGUGACUGACAGUGGAAAAAGUGUCUGCAAGGUCCGGGGUUUCUGUUUAAAUUUUAAGAACAGUUUAUCAUUAAAUUUUGACUCUAUUCACAGUUUGGUGUCCAACCUGGAUGAUCGUACCGCCAUUUGUAUCCAUGACCCAUCAAAGAUAAUUCGAGACGCUAAGAAGAGGAGAGUUUUAAAUAAGGAAGAGACAAAAGAAUACAGGAUGGUAUAUAAUAAGAGAGUUUUAAAACCAGACUAUUCUACUCUACCAUAUGGGUAUUGAAGAUAGAAGAAGAAGGAAGCAAGCACACAUACACAUUUUAAAAAAAAGGGCCAACAAAUAUUACGCAAACAUUGGCUGAUACACAUGUGCACAGAAAAGGAGACAUUUUCAGGUAUAGUAUUUUUUAAAAAAAGAAAACUUGUAUGUAUUGAUUUUUGUUUACAUUGAAAUAAAGAGAGAGAAUUUUA